AUGACUAGUAGAAGAGAGACACAAAAGAAAAAACGUGAUGGUGUCUAUCAUAAAAUAAAUAAACGUUGGAAACUUAUCUUAUUAAUAACCAUCUCUCUUCUUAUUCUAGCCUAUCUUCUUUAUAGUGAUGAAAAGAAGAAUGAUCAUUUAAAUAUCCAAUUAUUAAAUAAUACCCGAGAUCUUGCAGAGGCUCUUCACAGUGUAAAGGAAGAUUGUAAUGUUCAUACCCUUACCAAACUCACAGAGAAUAUGAUGAAAGUGGGUGUUAUUAUAGAAGGAACAUUAGCCACUAUGGAGAGUAGUGAGAUUACAUACAAGGAUACACAUAAAGAUAUCCUCUUAGCAGGGGAAACAUAUAAAGAUGCCACUUUUUUUCUUGUAGAGAAAUUACAAACAAUACUCACUACUACAAAAGCAAAUACUCUUACUAAUAAUAAUAAUAAUAAUAAUAAUAAUAAUAAUAAUACUGUUUAUACUCCAGAAUUAUUAUGGCAGUGGAUUGCUGUAGCCUCUCAUGCACUUAUGGGUGUAUUACCGGAAUAUUAUCUCGCCACAGAUAACACAAAUGCUCACGGUGAGGCAUUAGUAUUAGGAUUAGAGUUAUUACAAUAUGCCUCUAAUACCUCUUUAGAUGAAAUGAAAGCUUUACAAGAGAGAAAAAAGAAAGAUACCACCACCCCACUUGUAGAUUGUGAAUAUUAUGGAAAUGAUUAUCAUUGGAUGAAAUUCUGUAGGAAUAGUUUUAAUAAUCAUACCAGUUUAGAAAUUCGUCGUGCUGCUCUUCUUGAGGAACUUAUUGCCUUACAUCCAGAUUACGCUCCUGUACGACUUCAUUAUACCGUAACAGUUUCUUUAAAUCCUCAUGUGCUUAAGAGAGAUUUGGCUUUAACAUUAAUUAAGAGAGAAAGAUCUAAACUACAAACUCGUCUUUAUGUAGAUCCACUUCAUCAUGCGAUGUUGCAACUCUGCGAGGCUUUUGUUUCUCCCACAACUGUAAUGAAACAGGAUGUGAUGGAGGCUAUUCAUAAGAUUGAAAGUUGUGCUAAACUUCUUCGACCAUUUCAUAAUAAUAAUAAUAUGGAUAGUUGGAAACAUCGUUUUCAUGGAAAACAACGACCAGAUGUAAUGGAUGGACGACAAGCGAAACGUUUAUUAAAUGCUAUAAAGACUUUAUUAGAGGAAAGUGGGGAGUUGUUGCCUGAUGCUCUUUUGACAUGCGGUGAGAUGGAAUGA